GCACAACUGUUUUUGAAGAACAGCAACAGCAAUUAGAAACCCAAAUGGCAGAAACCCAAACUCGCUUAAACGAAUUACAAGCUCGCUACAAUGCUAUUCCGGAAGAAAUUCGGCGUUCAAACAAAAGGAAAAAGAAAGGAGAAGCAGUGGAAAAGAUGCAAGAGCAAGUGAAGGCUCUAAAUACGGAACUGCAAGUACAAAAAGUCGAAAAAGUGAUUGAGCAAAUUCGCCAAGAAAAGACGGCUCAAAAAACUAAGGAAAUUAAGAACGAUCAAUCGCAAAAAACUUCCCCCUCGUUGACAACAAAAGAACCGGAAACAGAUUCGAUUAGUAAGGUUAAUAAUAUUGGAAAUACUAGCCGCAAUAGUUCCUCACAGGACAUUUUAAACUCAAUUCUUUUUG